AUGGAGAUUAAUGGAAAUUCCCAGAUAUUAUCCAAUAUCUCCCUGGGCUUCCACAUCUAUAACAGCCAUUUUGUUGCAAGUUGGAUAUAUCUCGCCUCACUGGAGCUUCUCUCCACAUGGAGCAACUUUAUCCCGAACUACAAGUGUGAUAAUAAAGAUAAUAUUGUUGCAGUCAUUGGGGGACCUGAUUCAGAUGUGAGUUUCUUUAUGGCAACUAUUCUGAGCAAUUACAAGCUACCACAGCUUGGAUAUGGUUCUUCUCCUGUGAUUAAUGAUCCAUCCCAACAUGUCUUCUUCCAAUGGAUGUUCCCUAAUAUUAACCAACAGUAUGUGGGGAUGCUCCAGCUGCUUUUGCUUUUCACGUGGACUUGGAUUGGCGUCAUUUUUAUAGAAGAUGACAAUGGCCUCAGGUUUGUACAGAAGGAACUUCCAAAGUUUUCCCAAGGGGGAAUCUGUUUUGAUUUCAUAGAACCAUUGCCACCUCUAUAUUUUAAAACUGGCAUUCAUGAAAUGGUAGACUCAUGGGUCAAAUUGUACCUCUUGAUAAGUGAUAGCAAAGUCAGUGUUGUAGUCUUGCAUGGGGAAAUUCAUACUAUGAUCGUUUUGAGAAUGUUUCCCAGAAUUCCAGAACUUGAAUACAUUCCUAGGAACUCAAAUGGUAAACUCUGGAUGAUGACAGCCCAAAUGGAGUUCACUUCUGUUCCUUUUCAACGAUUUUGGGACAUAGAUAUCCUUCAUGGUUCCUUAGCCUUUGCAACUCAAUCAAAGGAGCUGGUAGGUUUCCACAAUUUUCUUCAGAUGAGAAACCCUUAUGUGGAAACAAGAGAUGGUUUUAUUAAGGACUUUUGGAAACAGAUAUUUGAUUGUUCCUUCCCAACUUCCUUGGAAGAGGAAAAUGUUUGGAAUCUCUGCAGUGGGGAGGAGAAGCUGGAGACUCUUCCUAGGUCUAUUUUUGAGAUGAGCACGUCCUCCCAUAGCUAUAGUGUCUACAAUGCAGCAUAUGCUGUAGCCUAUGCAUUGCAAUCCAUGAGAUCAUCAAUACUGAAACAUGGAAUUAUGUCACAGGGAGGACAUAAGAACCUUCUGAAUUCAUUUCUGUGGCAGUUCCACUACCAUCUACGAAAAGUCUCAUUUAACAAUAGUGUAGGGGAAAUGAUUUCCUUCGAUCAGAAUGGGAAUCUUGAAGCAGGAUUCGAUAUUAUCAACUGGAUCACGUUCCCAAAUCUAAGUCUACAUCGAGUCAAAGUGGGAAAAUUUGAUCUCAGAGCUCCUGAAGACCAGGUGUUCAAUGUUUUUGUGGAUACCAUUAGGUGGCCAAAGACAUUUAACCAG